GGUCGACGGUUCGCCUUAUUAGUUAUAAAUUAAAAAUUUAUCGUACAAACUUUUACUUAUAUUAAAUCAUGUGCAAAUUAAAAUGUGUGUUAUUCUCUUAGAAUGAAACUAAGAUAUGGUUGUAACAGUUGCGUCUUCCUGGAUACGUUCUAUUCUCCGUGACUUCGACUGGAGACAAAAUCUUCUGGUGGACGAGGCGCCCCCAACAUGAGUUACUGAGAGACAAAGAUGGUCAGAAGCAGAGUUUCGCUGCUGUUAACUUUAUUCCUCGUAGGGCUCCCAAACUCUGGCACCACUGCCAAUGGAGCUAAUCGUUUCUUAGGCCGCGGGUCGGGUAUACCCGCCGUUCACAAAUGUUGUCCUCGGGAUCAAGCGCUGCUAAGUGGCCGAGGAUGUAUCAGGUCUUCGAGUCCUCCGUCCGCUUAUCUCACUCAUCUACAGAAUACCAUGUCGGUGAGGGUGGGCUUCCCAGUACCUCGCAAUACCACAUGCACCAUGAUGAUGCUCAGGAGAGACAUUAAGCAUGUGGCCACAUGGUGGAUCAGUCGAGUUGGUCUAUUGGCCGUCGAGGCACCUCAGGGAGAAUUAGCCAUUCACAAUUACUGCCUUGACGACCUUGUUGAUCCUGUGACUAACGCGGCUUCUCCUUCAGCUGUCACUUGUGUUCAUGAACUCAAUGGUGAACUGCAGCUUCCUCUUUCUUCUUUCCGGAGUAAGACGGUUGGUAAAUGUUGCGCAAGAGACCAACAUUUCUCCCACGUGAACCGCACAUGCCAGACUGGGGCAGAAGGAAUCCCCGAUUGGGAAGUGCCAGUUCCUGGAGCCGAUAACGAAACCCAACUCGGCUACACUGGUUUCCCCAGUUGUUCUUCAGGAAAGUAUUCAACUUACUACUUCGAGAACAACACCAAGGAACACGUCAGACUUUCCGCGAACUUGAGUCUACUCAUCGUGCGAAUGAAUGGACAUUGUGUCGAGAGAGAAAGUACUGUGAGCCUCAAAGAUUAUUGUUUUGACUAUGAAUGGGAUGGAAAACGGGAAGCCAAACCUUUGGCCGUAGUUUGCCUCGAGCCUGACGAUGUUCUUGAUCUGCUCGAGGUGGAGCAACAGCCUGCUCUGCUUGUGCUGCUUUCGCUUUCCUGUAUCGCCCUCAUUCUCACCCUCAUCUUCCUGGUCGCCCUUCAAGCAAAAGGCUUCGUCCAGCACGAAUCCCAGACGGACCUACUGGCGCCGCGCACUCACAUUACCUACGUGGUCGCGAUGCUGCUCAGCUUCUUCGUUUUUGCUGCGGCCAGUGGGCUGGAUGCACACGAACGUUCGUCCCUCUGCAAGGCUACGGGUGGAUUUUUAAUGUUCUUCAUCCUCGCCGGCUUCCACUGGAACACAGCCCUCUGCAUCGAGUCGUUGCUCAUCAUCAUGAGGUACGGAGUGACAGGCUGGGCUCGUUAUGCCCUCCACUGCUGCUGGGCGUGGGGUAUCCCCGCUGCUAUCACGUUCGUUGCCAUGAGCCUGGAUGCUCACAGCGACAACUUGUCAUGCAGUGCCAUACUGCCCAGGAUUGGAAAAUUCAAGUGCUUCUUUUCAGACCCGGACGCCUACAUGCUGUACUUGUACAUGCCGAUAUUUGCGACGUUGGUGGUGAAUCUGGUGACGUUAUGGGCUGGUCGACGCAUCCGCCUUAUGCGUCUGCGUAGACUUGAGCUCGGCGCCAAGCAUCACCACAAGCGUCACGCUUCUUCUGGAGGCUCCGGUAACGGCAAGAACGGCACCCUGGAGGGGGACAUCUCGGCUCCCGACCUGCAGCGGCGGGCGCUAGGCCCCGCGUACUCCAGCACCAAGGGCAGCAACUCGUCCAUCGCACGCUUCGGGCUCAGCUCCAGAGAAACUCUGAAACUGUGGUUGGAGGCUGUUUGCCUGGCCUUGUGGUCAGCCGUAACCGUGACGUUGGAAGUGAUUGGAUUUACGGUGAUGGGUUAUGGAUUAUCGCGAGGCGAUCAAUGGCACCAGUCUCUUUGGUACAUCCCUACAGCCGUCAACGCUCUAAGAGGCUUGGGUGUGUUCCUCAUCUUAGUCAUCCUACCCAAAGAGAGUCGCAGCUACGCCGCUGAGCUCAUUUCUGCUGCAUGGGAAAAAUGCGGGGGAAAACCUCUACGUGAACUCUUACCUUCAACUCGUCGGUCUUCAACGUCCACCAGCACAACUGCCACCACAACUGCAACCGCCAGCCCAGUCGCUCUAGGCGACAAAGAGAGAAUUUCUCAAUCGUCUUCGGAUACUCCGCUAUCAUCUCACACGGCGUCGAUGAGUGAGCUUCGUGAACUGCCCAACCCUAACGAUAACGGUUUCACUCCCACGACUUUGGAGACUAAUUCAACAUCGAUUUCAACGAAACCCAAGAGCUUACCCUUGGAAAAGACAAUAGACUCUAGGACGCCGAAGAAAACAAAUUCCAAAACAGACGAAAAAGCGACCAACGGUGGUUCCAUUUCAAAGAGCGACGAAAAUGAGUCUGACCGGAAAUCUGACAAAUUGAGCAGUGAAAAUCCCGAUAUUUAUCAUCGAGAUGAGACAAUGAAUUGUAUGAAUAACACCUCUACAGAUGCACCUAUGACCGACGUAGAACAUGGCUGUCUCAAUGAGUCUGUUCGAAAUAUCAGUGAAAUUUAUCCUAAAAGAAAUAGCCUUGGCAUGCCGGCAAAACCUCCCCGAAAGUCACUAGAUUUAUCUACUCGUGCGUCUCUGAGUCUCGAAAAUGUGUCACAAUUUCCUGGUCGUGGCGACUCGAGGCCUGCUACCCCACCCAAAACUCCUUCUCCAAGUUUAGAAGACGACUGCAAUUCAAAGGAUCCAUGCAGGUAUCCUAGUAAGAUCCGGUCUGACUCGGCUCCCGACACUCCUCCUGAUUCAGUUCCUCCGUCACCUCCAAAGUCUCCACCACCUCUUGAAGUUUGUGAUCAAAUUCUUGAAGUUCUACCUCUGCAAACGGUGGAUGAGAGUCACCUUAGCAUUUCUGCGACACGCUCAGUAAAAAAUGACGAUGCAGUAAAAUUAAAACCGUCCGAGUAUUCAGGGAUUGCUACCGACGAUGCUGGUUCAACCAAUAUGGAUGAAACCGAGAAUUAUAAAAAGCCUUUGGCACUAGACAAUUCCUGUGUUGUUUCACCGGAGAAAAUUAGGAAGAAGGAUGAUUCUAGGCUGGAAUCCUCCGAAAAUUCAAUGGCUCGAGCGGAUGCCAGUACGAAUCAAGCAGAGAAUCCAUCGGCGUUUUUUAAUCAAGCGUCUUAUGAUGGUGAGGUCCCUGGAAGUGAAUUCAGCCUUGACGACAAAAUUGAGCGAGAAAAGGCGGACGAUUGUGUUGCCAGCAGAGGCGAUAAUGACAGUGAACAUCAUCCUGACGCUGCUGAGGUUGAAUCUUGUAAAUCUACGUUGAAUGUAACCAAUAUUAGUGCAUAAGCGGCAUCCUAAUGUUAAUCUAGCUGCUAGCGUUUAUGUAUACGAGAGUUGCAACUGUAGUUGCGAUUUUCAUUUAAUUAUACAGAUAAUUGAAGUUAAUGGUUCAUAACAGUCAUGAAUAUUAUUGUAAUAAUAUUUUAUUUGUCUUUGAAAAUUUGAACUGACCUGCUGCUAAAAGUGAAGGUAUCAUAGCUAUUAUUCAAAUGUGUCAUAAAAUAUGGAGUUGGUAUAUAAAACUGGAGCAGUCCGGGUUUCAAACAAGACAUCUCUUGGAGAUGCCAUAAUUCUCGCAGAACACUUUGAAUUUCCUGCCACAAGUCCACACUAUUUGCCUCAUAUCACUAACAUGAACACUAACACUAUCAUUUAACACUAGCAGUUAAAAUUUAAUAAUUUAAUUAUCUAAGGAGUUAUGGAGCACGAAAUAAGUUUAUUUUUUAUAGUCGUCAGUUAGUCUGUCGCAUUAAGAACUCAGAACAGGGCGGGUUGUUCAGUGCCUUGCCUUUCGUGCUCUCAGGGUAACUUUGGAAGAGGAUUGGGACUGGCGAGACUGGAUUGAGUUGACCCAUUUUAAAAAUAUUUCAAAAAUCCUUACAGCAGAGAAUCCUUGCUGCCUUAUGCUCGUUUAUGUGUAAAAAUUUAAAUUUCCGCGUAAUUUUACAUUGAACUGUCAGAUGAUUCUAUCGGUUUGCAUUGAAUAAAAAGUCCCGCGUUAUUGAAUUUUUGGAGUUAAAUAAUAGCAUUUUAUGAUGCCAACCGACAGAUUCCCAGACGUUUUAUGAUGCCAACCGACAGAUUUCCGCUACGUUUUCAUUAAAAUUCAUUUUUACAUUCAAAUGCAAUUCUGGUCCUACUAAAUAUUAUCCGUAACCGAUCAACAGAAAAAGUGUGCAUUUCAUCGGGUUUUAUUUCAGGCUUUAAUUUAAAAGACAUUUGAUAAUGCCGCCCCGCAAUCUUUAAAAGACAGACAUUUGUACCAUAUUAUAUUAUCUGUAGAUAAUACCCUAAGUUAUAUCAUGAUUUCUAUCUGUUUUACAGUGCGUGGUGUGAGACUGUACAUAGGCCGUGUACAUCGUGUCAUAAUUUCUGUACAUUCUUCUAGUUUUAUCCUGGGAAAUUUUUAUCUUUUAAAUGCGAGUUCAUACGUGCUUUUCUCGAAAUUCAAAUUGUUUUCUAGAAUAAAUUAGGUCGUUAAUUCUGUUGUUGCUUUCAAAAUUUUCGCUUCCAACUGACAAUUUUUUUGAUCAAUUUUCUGGAUCUAUUCAUUUUACAAUUUCGCAUUGUUUGUUUUGGAUUCAUAUCUUCGGCGUCCAUUUUUUAAUUUAUGUUUUUUAUUGGUUUCAUUCACGAAAUUUAUUGUACUAAGUGCGAGAAUAGAAGAAUUGAUAUUUAUUACAUUGAUUUAUGUUCAGGGUUUGUGUUGAGAGCGUUCAGAAGUACAAAUAAAUUUUGUACGAUGUUUGCAGCGACUGAAUAUUAUGUAUUAAUAUAUUACUUGAGCUUCCAGCGUUUUAUUCGUCACAAUAAUUAAAUAUAAUAUUUAUUUGAAGAAUGUUUGGAACAAACUUGGUUGAUUAAAAACGAGAUAUGAACAGUUUCAAUAAUUUAAACCAUAGUGUGAGCAAACAAUUGCGCGCUUAUACUUGUUUGUACAAUAUAGGUGUUCGAGUGUCACAAAACGUUUAAAAUUAUAACUAUUUUAUUAUAAUUUGUAUUUGUAAAUUAUAGCGAUUCAAUUAUAAUUUGUAUUUGUAAAUUAUAACUAUUCCACGAUUACGUGCAUAUACUUGUUUAUGCAAUGUUAGUGUUCGAGUGUCACAAAAUUAUUUGAAUUAUAACUGAUUUAUCAAUUUGCUUUUUGAUCAUUGGAGAAUUCCUUAAAUAAUUUACAUAGUUUGAAAGGAAAUGUAGCGAAACCACACUUGAUGGGCUCUGUUCAACAGCCAUUAAUCAAUCUCUGUUUAACCAAUCAAACUGUUGAACAGCCUCUGUUCAACAGCGUGUUUAGUUGACGCGAAGGUGGUAUGACAUGAGCCUAUGUGCAGAUCCCAGAAGAUAUAUCUGAUAUUCGUAGUAGCAUCCUGACGUAAACGUCAUCAAGAUUGCCUCAAAAUUUGUUCAUGUACCAAACGAAACGAUAAAUGAAUUGUAUUCCCAAUUUUUGUUUCUGCUCUGUCUCGGAAAACCUUUCCUUCUGAAUAUCUUUUCUCUCGUGAAAACAUCCCACAUCUGAAAACCCUUCGACAAAAUUCUCAUGUUCAUUAAGACUAGCGUCGAGAGAACAAUUAAAAAAUAUAUAUUUUAAA